GUAAACUGCUGCAGGUGAACACUGGAGCCAAAGAGCAGCUUUUCUUUGAGGCUCCACGAGGACGCAAACAGAACAUCAGUGUUGCUGAGUUUGAGAAGCUGGACUGGGCGAGCUGGACGUCUGUUCUGGGUCCGACCUGUGAGGGAAUCUGGCCGACGCUCAGCUUUGUCAACGCCGCCUCCCUCACCAAAGACCGCAAGCUGCUCGCCACCGGAGACGACUUCGGCUUCCUCAAACUCUUCAGCUUCCCAUCGCGGGGACAGUUUGCCAAGUUCAAGAAGUACGUGGGUCACAGCACCAACGUGACCAACACGCGCUGGUCCAACGACGACUCGCUGCUGCUGUCGGUGGGCGGGGCCGACACGGCGCUGAUGAUCUGGAGCCGAGAGGCGCCGGGCCACAAAGAGAGCAGAGCGGUGGACAGCGAGGAGUCGGACGACGACACGGAGGAGGACGGAGGUUACGACAGCGACGUGGCGAGAGAGAAGGUGGUUGAUUACAUCACCAAGAUCUACUCAGCGAGCAUCAGGAACAUGACGGGAACCAGACCGCACCUGCAGCACAAAGAGCUUCCUGUGGAGGAGAG